AUGUUUUUAUUACAAUGUCUGUUAUUGUUUAAUAUAUUAAAAUUUGCAACUGCGUUUGUUCAUCCAAUUAAGAUUAUGGGAACCCAUUUUUAUGAUUCUGAGACAGAAGAACCUUUCUUCAUAAAAGGUGUUGAUUACCAACCGGAAGGAUCAUCUGGUUUUAUUGGUUCAAGCGAUCCGCUCUCGAAUCCACAAGUAUGUGCUCGUGAUAUCAUGUUAUUCCAGGAAUUAGGAAUAAAUACAAUUAGAAUAUAUUCAAUCAAUCCAGAUUUGGAUCACUCUAAAUGUAUGACAAUGUUAGCGAUGGCAGGAAUAUAUUUAAUGUUGGAUGUAAAUUCACCUUUGCCGAAUCAACACAUCAAUCGAUAUGAACCGUGGACAACCUAUAACCCAAUUUAUUUAGAACAUGUAUUUAAAGUGGUUCAAGAAUUUUCACAAUAUAAUAAUACUUUAGGAUUCUUCGCAGGAAAUGAAAUUAUCAAUGAUAAGAAAAGUUCAGAAGUUUCUCCAGUAUAUGUUAAACAAUUGGUUACCGAUAUUAAGAAUUAUAUUUCAAAAAAUUGUGAGAGAUAUAUCCCUGUUGGUUAUUCAGCCGCAGAUGAUCUUCGUUAUAGAGUCUCUCUAUCCAAGUAUUUAGAAUGUGAAUUACCACAGGAUAAAACAAUAAAAAGUGUGGAUUUUUAUGGUGUUAAUUCAUACCAAUGGUGUGGCCAACAAACUUUGGAGACCUCUGGCUAUGAUGAAUUAAUUAAAGCAUAUCAAAAUUAUUCUAAACCAGUAUUCUUUUCUGAAUAUGGUUGCAAUAAAGUACUACCAAGACAAUUUCUUGAAGCUGAAGUUCUAUAUACACCAAUAAUGGCUCAAGUGUUCAGUGGUGGUCUUGUCUAUGAGUUUACUCAGGAAUCAAACAAUUAUGGAUUAAUCAAGAUUGAUUCCAAUGGUCAUGCAAAAAUUCUACAAGAUUUUGAAAUAUUAAAGAAAAGAUAUAAAGCCAUUGAGGAUUCACUGAAGGCACAAAAUUUCCAAGAAGAUUCAAUUACUCCACCAGUUUGUAAAGAUAAAUAUUCUAAUUUAGGGACAAACACAGAUUUACCUAAAAAUUUGGCUAAAUCUUUAAUUGAAAAAGGUGUGGAAGCUUCAGGUGGCUAUUGUGAACUAGAAAAUAAAGAUUUUGAAUCAAAAUACAAGGUUUAUGGUACAGAUGGGGCUCUUAGGGACAAUUCGAAUAGUGUCAAAAUUGUCAACCCGUUAUAUUCUGGAGUUACUGACAGCGAACCUAAGGGUAAAGAAAUAAAGAAAAGUAGUUCCUGUAAUCUCAGGUUACCUUUGAAGGGAGCCAUACGUUGGCUAUUUGCUUUAGUGGCACAUUUCUAUAUACUAUUUUAA